AUGUGCAGCUCCUUCAGAGGCAGCAGGGAGUCCCUGCAGGCCGUGAUCCACAAGCUGGAGAAGGAUUUGGAGGAGCAGAGGAGUGACUACGAGGGGCAGGUGGAAAGCCUCCAGAAGGAGAACUACGAGGUGUGGGCCAAGGUGGUGAGGCUGAACCAGGAGCUGGAGCAGGAGAGGAAGAGGAGUGAGGAGCUGGAGCUGAGGCUGAAGAACGCGGAGCGCUCGCAGGAGGAGCUGGAGAGGAAAACCAGGAUGCUCGAGGAGGAGAUAAAAAACUUAACUAAAGCCACGAGUCAAACUGGUGCCAAAACCAACUAGGAGGAGACACCCAGCUUUUCACAGACACCAACUGCAGCUGCAGGAGUGCUCAGGAAUUGCAGGUUCAGAGCCAGGGACUUGUAUUGUGCAGGGUCCUGCUCCUGCCCACAGGCCAGGGGGGAGGAAGGAGAGCAGAGCUCAGAGGCUGCUUCGUGCUCUGAACCAGGAAAUGUCAGAAAUAUCCUUUAGCUUUAUUUGGGUGUGUUUAUUUAUAUAGCUGCUCGUGUUACCUGGAGAACAGGCCGACACUUUCUGCUGCUCAGGCAGGAUUGCACUCAGAAGUUUGGGCUCUGGACCCAUUGUGCCUUCAGAAGGAGGAACAGAAGUGUCCCUUCUCCAGCUGCCUGUCUGAGAUACCCAAGGAAAACAUCCUUGGAUCCCCACUCUCACACCAGAGGUUCCACAGUGUCUGCCAGCACUUCACAGCUGCCAUUCACGAGUCUUUCCUGUGAUUUCAGCUGACCUUGACAGAGCUGUUUUAGUGUUUAUUGAAUUUUUACCUCUGCAAGAAGCUCCUCACCAAUGUGAGCGUGAGUCCUUAGGGAGAAACUUCUCCGUGCAGCAUCGGGAACAUCUGGGCUGGAAAUGCCACACGCUCCUUUCUGCAAAGAUCAAAAGUGUGAAGAGGCCAAUCAUCCUUCACAGCAGACUGGAAUGACGUGCAAAGGCUUGGCUGAGGCUCAGAAAUCCCCACCAUUAGGACAAGUGCAUUAUUUAAAAUAAACUGUGCAUUCCUGCGCUUCCGCUGCGAUAGGCAGAACAGCCCCUGGCUGCAGGAUCAGAGGCACUCUUUGAAGAUAUUCCACCCAUUAACAUUUGCAGGGUUUGCAGAGGUCAUCUGGGACAGAGAGACUUCCCAACAGAGGUCAGGUGGGCUGGAGGUUCCUGAGAGCCUGGAGGGGAGAGAGCCACGGGCACCUUGAGCUGCUGCUGGGAGAUCAUGAGGAGUUCUUUGCUUUUUCCAGAGACAGAGAACCAUGGACCGCCCGUGCCAGACCUGUGAAUCUGCUCCCUCUUCAUCCGUGAGGGGCUGGGUGUCCUCUCUGCUCAGCCCAGAGCCUGCUCUGGAUUUUCUGCAUUGGACACCUUCUGCUGGAGACCCCACAACGUGAAUCCCCAAAACCUGCCUGGUGCCCAGGCUGCAUUGCCUCCCUCCCUCCAUUUCUGCAGCCAGGCCAGGAAGCUCUUUGGGGUGGGAGCAGCAGAGACUCUCUCCUGUUCCUGGGGCAGGGGACAUUAUCAACUCACGGUUUUGGGGGUUUUAGGGCCUUUCAGCUCAGCAGGUUUUGGGCAUUGACUCUGGAUCCCCUGCAGAGGGUGAUGCUGCUCCUGCUGUAUGAAUGCACAACAGACUGUCUACCACAGAGAAAAAUGAUCCUUUCCAGCCCUGUCCUGUAGGCUUGGAAACCUCCAAAAUUGACAUUUUUCACCACUGCACCGUGAGGACACAAGAGCUUUAGCAAGGUGAUAACCCUGAGAUCAGGCUGAGGAUUUUCCUCUCCCUUUAAAUGUGACAUGGCUUUCCAAAUUAACCCCAAAUCCCAUUGCAUCCAGAAAUGUUAAAUUGUGCAGUGUGGGAUGAAAGGAAGGCACCUUCCAGGCCAUCCUUUCAGUCCCCUCACUGCAUUGUUUGUGCUAGAGCAGAAAGUCUGUUCUGCUCUCCUCAGGCAGUCACUAAAUAAAUUCAUUUAGGAAUUCA